CAUUUGAUUUUAGCACAGCCAGAGCUUGACACUAAUCCUCCAAAUGUGUUUCCAUAUUCUGCGGCUUUCUCGUUCGCAAAUGCAUGAGACUCAAGCUCCCGUGGUGCCACUGAUCGAUGUUUGAUCUGAAGGAUAAAUCCUGUGUAGGAUUAGACAGACCAGUGUGACAGAGUAGAUCUCUGUGCUCAAUGGAUUGCCUUGACAAGAUCCCCCAACGGGAGCAGUUCAGGGAAACUUCAAGAAUGGACGACUUGAGGCUGACUGGAUACAAGGUGGCAGAAUUCGAAUUUCGGUCAGCUGUACCAGGUCCAAGCUGAAGCUAAAGGAAAAAUGCUGCCUUGAAGAGCUUUUGACACACCUUAUGUGCAGCCAACUUUUACAGGAGAAUCAUAGAGGAGGCGCCCAACCUGGCAAAAGUGAAAUCCAGGUAUAUUGUGUCUAUAUAUGGACUGUGCAGUGAGGCGACUGCUGUGGUGAUGGAGCACAUGAGUAAUGGGUCGCUGAACAACCUCCUAGCCAGUCACACUUUGAUGUGGCCAAAGAAGUUUCAGAUGAUUCACGAGGUCUCUAUGGGAAUGAAUUUCCUUCACAGCUUGAACCCUCCGCUACUCCAUCUAAACCUCAAGACAUCCAACAUCCUACUAGAUGAUCAUCUCCAUGUCAAGAUAUCCGAUUUUGGUUUAAUCCACUGGAAAGAAGGCAUGAGCAAGAAGUUGUUUAUGGAGCAGCUGACAGUCCGAGGGAACAUAAGUUACAUUCCUCCAGAGACCUUCACUCAGUGUCCCGAUCCUCCAGGAACUUCCUUUGAUGUUUACAGCUCUGGAAUAGUGAUGUGGGAGAUUCUGACGCAGCAGAAACCAUAUGCAGGGUGCAGUGUGACCACAGUGCUCUUACAUGUGUCUCAGGGUAAGAGACCCAGUGUGGAGUUGAUGCCCGAAUCAAAGCCCCCUGAGUGUGAUCAGAUGAUCGGCAUCAUGAGGCAUUGCUGGGACCAGGAUCUCAGGAAGAGGCCCCAGUUCUCAGACACUGUGAGGGAGACAGAGGCCGUGAGUGACAUCCUGAAGAUCCCAGGACUAAUCCAAAGCCACCAAAAUGACGACAAGAGCCAGAAGUCAGAUUAUCCUUUGCUCUUUUCCCCGAUACACAAAGUAAGCCCUACUUGAUACUCUGCUUAAAUUCAACUGUAGUGUCUACUGUAUAUAAUCAAUUUUUGGCAUACUAAGCAGGUUUAUCUUAUCAUAAGGA